AAAGCUUGUGGGGGGAGGGGGGCUGCGAGACCCUUCCCCCUUGCGCUUAAGUCUGUUGCUGCAGAUUUUCAGGCCAAGUUUUGCGUUUGGGGCUGGAUUUCAGCUGGGCAAUGUGGCAUUAGCUCCUUGGUUGCCAUGAAGCCAGGCAGAAAGGCACACAAAGUGGGGAACCUCACAGGUCAAGGAUGGGGAUCGGCAGGGUCCCAACAUUGGGGACCUGAAAGAGCAGCCAAGACCAGGGACUUGGGGCUGUCGGCCUGCAGCUGCCCGGUGCCCAAAGCCAGGCAGUCUCUGCGCCAACCUGCCACUCACUGCCUGGGCAGAAGCAUCCCUGCUCCAGUCGCCAUAGCAACGGCCAGGAGGAGGCAGGAUGUUGGGUGGAUCCUGUUCACAUCCGCAGAGGCCAGAGGAGGAGGAAGAGGAGGAGACGGAGCCAAGAAGAUGAAGCAGACCUUGGCAGAUGACACGGAAGACGUGUCCCUCGACUUUGGGAAUGAAGAGGAGCUGGCCUUAAGGAAGGCAAAAGUCAGGUACCCUCUGGCCACCUUUUUCCACCUCUUCUUCCGCGUGAGUGCCAUCGUGACCUACCUCUUCUGCGACUGGUUCAGCAAAAGCUUCAUCGGCUGCUUCCUCGUCAUCCUCCUCCUCCUCUCCUUUGACUUCUGGUCUGUGAAGAAUGUCACCGGAAGGUUGCUGGUCGGUUUGCGAUGGUGGAACCAGAUCGACGAGGAUGGGAGGAGCCACUGGGUGUUUGAAGCAAGGAAGGCUCCCUCUGCUGUGGCUCCCCCCACUGAGGUAGAAGCCCGGAUCUUCUGGCUCGGGCUGAUCAUCUGCCCUGUCAUCUGGAUCCUGUUCUUCUUCAGCACCUUGUUCUCUCUGAAGCUGAAGUGGCUGGCCCUGGUGAUAACUGGCAUCUGUCUCCAGGCGGCUAACCUUUACGGCUACAUCCACUGUAAACUCGGGGGAGCCUCCCAAGCCACCCGCAAAGUCACCCCACCCUUCCCGGCCCAGGACCUCUUCCAGAAGCCUUGUUCUAUUGCUCCUGCAGGAACGAUCAGAGGACUUUCAAAAAAACGUCCUGAAGCAUCUGGGGACCCAAAGCCAUUAAAAUGAGGCUGUCUGGAAUGUCCCCGGGGGACGGUUUCUGCGCUAAACACGACAGGCUGCCUUUCGCUUCAGAAGAGCCAACACAGCACAUUCAGCAGCAGCUUCAGCUUCCUCCUGGCCUCACAUCCCACGUGGCACUUUCUGGCACAGCAGCCCUUCUCUAGGACGCUGUUCCGGCCUUCUCCUCUGCCGGAGUGGGGCAGGCCCAGAAGCCUCUGCCCCUCCCUGCUCCUUCAGCCCAGCCCAGAUCCGUUAGGCAUCAUUUCAGCAUUUGUGGGCGGCUUUCUAGGGCUCUCCAGCAGACCCUGGGUGUGCAUGUCCCACAUUCCUUUCUGCCCCCGUUCACCUGUGGAGGAUGCUGGGGGCGUGGAACAGCCAUCCUUCCUGCCAGCCUCUCCCUGGGGAGCAGCAAGGGGCACGAGGGGAGUCCCUGCCCACGGUCUCUGCCUCCUCCCUGCUUUCUGUAAGAACGCUUGAUCCGUGAAGCAGAUGAGGAAGUGAAACAGCGAUCCCUCUGCUUAGAACCAGACAGACACAAACAGAUGAGUUAUUUUUAUUUGCAGUCUUAGAAGAGCUAAUAUGGCACCACACGGUGUCUCUCGUGGACAGGACCCUGUCGGUAUCACCCUUUUAAAACACCUGAAGAAGGAGACUGAAUAAAAUCAAGGGAACUGACUUUUGUCCUCAAAGA